AUGGCAUCUUCCCAAUAUUUCUUCAUCCUUGCAAUCGUAGCAAUUAUUGUCCCUUCAAUUUUGGCCACAGAAUUUGUGGUUGGUGAUGACAAGGGUUGGACCAUUAACUUUGACUACCAAGCUUGGGCUCAAGGAAAGGAGUUUCAUGUCGGGGACACUCUUGUUUUCAAGUAUAAAGAGGGAGUUCAUAAUGUUCUUAAAGUCAAUGGAACUGGCUUCCAACAAUGUGUUGCACCAUUGGGAAUUGAGGCCCUAAUUAAUGGAAAUGAUGUGAUUACACUAGUAACCUCGGGAAGAAAAUGGUGUAUUUGUGGUGUUGCCAAACAUUGUGAGAAUGGAAACCAAAAACUUGCCAUUACAGUGCUUCCUCAGACAGUGUCUCCAGCACCUUCUCCUGUUUCAGCAGCCAAGGAAUGCGUUAAACCUAUAUAUUAUGGGUGGAUGUUGGUUGUUUUUGGCAUCCUUGCCAUGGUUAUGAUGACUGCUUCUAUGGACGCAUUGAAGAAGCAGAAUGAGGAGCUUGCUACCAAACUCAUAGCUGUUGAGGGCCGUAAUGGCCGAAGAGAGCGUGAGCUAGAAGCAAGGCGGGAGAAGGAGCAUGAAGAAAGGCGUUAA